AUGAGUUUGACAGAACAACAAGAGUAUAAUUAUGAUGCAUAAUACUUGGAGACAUUUGGGUGCAAUCAUUCUACAAGGUAGAUACAUUCUGAAAAAUUGAUUUGUCAAUAAUGUGGCAUAUUUAUAAAUAAUGUAAUUGAGUUGUUUUUAAAUUAAAGUCCACCACAAGAGUUUAUAAAACAACAAAAAUGAAAUAUAAUACAUUCUUCAAUCCCUUAAAGAUUUUGGGAAACAUCUUAACUCCAUUAACAAUAGCUUAACAUUAAAUUACUAGAUUGCCAAUUAUUGAUUUCUUAGAAUAAACUUCUGAAAGAUUAAACUUAAGUACAAAUACAACUUUUUUGGCAAUCACAUAUAUUGAUCAUUUUUUUAAUAAAGUAAGUGUUGAUGAAAAACUAAUUUUUUUAUAUGCUGCAGCUGCUCUAAUGUUGGCAGCAAAAGCAUAAGAAUUAGAUGAAAAAAUACCUUUUAUUAGUAAACUUAAACGUUAUUCAUCUUUAACCCCACAUCCUGAGAUCAAUAAUUUUACAACAUAAGAAUUUUGUAAUGCUGAAAAAGCACUAAUUGAAUCCUUAAAUUGGAAAUUAUAGAAAAUUACUCUUCUUGAUCGAAUUGAAUCUCUACUUUCUUUUGGUGUUAUUGAUGAUGAUGACAGUCUCUCACAACCUCCUUAGUAAAAAGAAAAUAAGGAUUCAUAAUUUACUCAUAUAAAGUUAAGAGAUUUAGAUGAAAAACAAAUCAUUAAUUAUGUUAAUGAAGUAGAAAAUAAAUAUAUAGAAACUGCUUAUUCUGUAAUACGAGGUACAAUCUUAUAUAUAAGUAGAUGAUCAAAUUUAUUUCUCAAAUGAUCAAACCAUAUUAGCCUUGUCUUGUAUAGCCUUUCUUAGAAAAAAGGCUGGAUUACUAAAUAUUUGGUCUUAAUAACUUUAAGCUCUUACUGGAGAAUCAGCCUAAAAAAUAUCAGCUACUGUAUCUUAGAUUAUGACUCUAACCCCUAAAAGUAUUAGCAAACCUCUAAUUAACACAUAAUCUAGCUCAUAUCUGAAUAAUUACUAAAUCUCAUCUUCUUAACACAAAAAUUCUUAUAUGAAAAAUAGACAAUAUUUGUUCGAAUCAAAUAAAUCAUCUGCUGGAGAUAUCAUAUCAUAAUAUAAUACUACAGCCAAAACACAUCUCAAAGCUCCCUUAUUUCAAACUUAAUCAACUAUGCAAUUAUAGUAAAAAAGUGAUAUCUGUAAACAUCAUCAAAUAAAUUAAACUAAAUAUUCUAGUAGAAAUAGUAAUUUUACUACAACCAAUAAUUAUUCCUACUUAACUGAUAAUAUUGUUCAUCCAAAUUCAUUUAUGAAACAUGCUGAAUUGGAUAAAAAAUAUGAAUAAUUACAUAAAGUAAGUGAAACAAAAUUUAAAACUAAAAUAUUCAGUUGA